AUGGCCAACGCCGGUGAAGUCUAUGUUCGCGUGAGGAACCUGACCUACUUGCAGCCCUUCUCGCCCAUGUUUGUCGUGGCGCACACCAACGACGUGUCCAUUUUCAGGGAGGGCUUUCCCGCCAGCGACGCCGUCAAGAUUAUGGCGGAGGACGGCGACAACUCGGCGCUAGUGGAGCUCCUGGCCUCAGAAGAUGUGGAGCCGUACAUCUGCGGCGGCGUGAUGGGCGAAGCUCCGCUCUUCCCCGGGGACACAUGGAGGGGCGUCAUGACGGUCGACGAGAGCAUCUGCCCGGACGCACAGUACAGCGUCGUGAGCAUGCUAAUCAACACCAACGACGCCUUCGUGGGCAUCGACUCCAACAGGCUGGUCGGAACCGAAAAGGUGUUCCCGCCGGCUUUCGAUGCCGGUACCGAGGCCAACAACGAGCUGUGCACCCACAUCCCUGGCCCUGCGUGCCCGGCCGACAGUGGCAACAUGGAGGACGGACCCGGCGAAGGGUUCAUCUCGGUGUCCCGCGGCUUCCACGGGGUGGGCCCAGACCUGGGCGAGGCCAACUACGACUGGCGCAACCCGGUUGCCGAGGUCGUCGUCGCCACGUCGUACGUGUAGAGUCGGACCAGAAUAAAUGAAGACGAAGGAUGAGAAAGAAGAUAAUAUCAAUGGGCAUCUUUUGAGAGAAUUUCUUAAGUAGGUAAGAACUCGAUCGACGGAAUCAUCAUCCGCGGAUGCUGUUUUUUUUGUACCAGUAGAUUGUGAUACGUUCGCCACCAAGGGCAUCGUCUGAAUGGAACGGAAUGGAAUGUAUUUCCUAGUAGUCUAGGACAAUAGACUAGACGGGAACUUGUACGGCUUGAUCUUGCCAAGUGGUUCCGUGUGUCAUUGGCGUGCCGGUCUCAACCGGAUGUGUUCAGAAUUUUGAUGUAAAGUGAGGAUGGCGCUCUGUUGUGUUCAAGGCCAGCCAUUGAGCCUUGCGUAAGGAGAUCUCAGUAUCAGUCGUGUAGGCCAAUAGUUGUUGCGUUUGCAGGCCACAUUUUGCCCCCGCCCCCUAUUUGGGGUCACGAGCUGUAGAGGGAGCGCGCUUGGACUCUUGGUCACGAAGGAACCUGCUCCAAACACUCGUGUUCGGCCUCUUGAGGCCCAUCCUCGUCGUAUGUUUUGGUCAUGAUUGUCGCGUAAGAGGGUCGAUUUUUCCUCUCCAUCUCUUGAGAGGCCGAAUUGAAAUUGGUAAGAGAGAAAACUUCACCGUUCUUUGGAAGGCUUCAUUGAAGACCUUUGCUCCUUCGAAUAAAGUUCUUGUGGUUCUUUCUCCUGUCGUACCGGGGGCGAAUGGAUAGCCCUCCUUCAAGACCGGCCGCUGUCGACAAGUAUAUGGUUAAUAAUUAGGAAAUUAGUGGCUGUUUUUGGGUGGCGUGAACGAAAAUAUCCGGGAACUCGGCAAGGAAUUCACAAUACAAUCUUUCUAGUGUUUUCGAAGAAGUCGAUUGCUAGCACUUAGUCUGCUACCAAGGAGGAAGGCCUGCGUCAGUUGGACCAGUCAGUCCGGAUUUUAGAACUACCGAGAAGCGACGGGUACGGUUUGUAAUGAAGGGACAAGAGGUUCAACAAC